UAAAAUGCAAAAAAAAAUCCUCGAAGCCCACUCCACCUCCAAAACCCUAAACCGAAACCAUCAAUCUCUCUCUCUCUCUCAAACAGUACACCAUCAAUGGCGAAGCCAACUUUAGAUGAAGAAACUGCAAAGAAAGUCAUUCGCCAGGUAGAGUUUUAUUUCAGUGACAGUAAUCUCCCAAGAGAUAAAUUUCUCAGGAGCACCAUCAAUGAAAGUGACGAUGGAAUGGUAAGUUUGGCGUUGAUAUGCUCAUUCUCUCGGAUGAGAGGUCAUCUGGGCUUGGGAGAUGCGAAGCCAGAAGAUGUGUCUGAAGAUACAGUUAAAGCUGUAGCUGAAACUCUGAGAACCUCUACUUUUCUUAAGGUUUCUGAUGAUGGCAAGAAGGUUGGUAGAGUUACUGAGCUGGCAAAGCCAGAGGAGGUUAUUGAGCAAUCGGAUGUCAGAACAAUUGCUGCCUCACCACUGGAGUAUGAUGUGAAACUUGAAGAUGUAGAAUUAUUCUUUAAUAAGUAUGCGAAGGUUAAUAGUGUGAGGCUACCUCGGCAUGUUGCUGACAAAAGGUUGUUUUCUGGAACUGCGCUUAUUGAGUUCUCCACUGAGGAAGAUGCUGCAAAUGUUUUGAAGCAAAGCUUGAGUUAUGCAGGGGUUGAAUUAGAACUGAAACCAAAGAAGGACUUUGAUGAUGAAAGGGCUAAGCAAGAGGAAGAAGUCGAGAAAACUCGUUCUCAAGUGGGUUCAAACCGCAAUAACAAAGCCAAUGCUAGACCAGACUAUCCUGAAGGCUUAAUUGUUGCGUUUAAGCUGAAGAGGAACUCCUCUGGAGGUUCUGAGGAACAGAAUGGUACUGUUGCACCAGUGAACAAUAUUGGAGGUUCCCCUAAAACAGAUGGAGAACAGGAUACGCCACAGAAUAUCACUGAGGAGACAGACCAAAAUGUGUCAGGAGAUGUAGAUGAAGGAAAUGAUAAAGACAAUGUUGAGGAGAAUGAAGAAAAUGAAGAAGAUACCACUGGAGCAGAGAACGAAGUUCAGGAAUCUAAAGGUUUGGGCGAAGAAAAAUCAACUAUUGCUGAUUACAAGGACAAUAAAGAUGUUGUUCUGCGAGAGGACCUGAAAAGUAUUUUCCAGAAGUUUGGCACUGUUAAGUUCAUCGAUUUCAAGAUUGGAUCAGACUCUGGAUAUGUAAGGUUUGAAGAUGCUGGAACUGCUCAGAAAGCACGUGCUGCUGCUGUGCUUGCAGAGGAAGGUGGUCUGAUCGUGAAAAAUUUUGUGGCCACUCUGGAUCCAGUAACUGGGGAUGCUGAGAAGGAAUACUGGAAGCUACUUCGUACUAAUCAGGAGAAGCACCGUGACAAUUUCAAAAGCAACCGUGGAAGGGGAGGAAAGCACAACAGAGGUGGCAAGCACUUCCGUGGAAAGCAUUCUCGAUCUUCAGAUUCUGGAUCUCGUCCAAAUAAAGUUCAGAAAAUUGCAGCAUAAGGAGAUUUUAGAACCUGAGUAAAAUUUUAUCACCAAUUUUGUGCCUUACUUGACUGCAAUAUCCAGCGGUUUUGUGUCACUGGUUAUUCUAUACUUACUAAACUGUGAUGUAUUUUUUCUCUGACGCUCUUCCUAUAAAAAUUUAGUAAUGGCAAUUAAGUUAUGCAAAUAUUUGUUACCA